AUGAACGCGCGCUCUAUCGACUCCAGAAAACUGAAAUUUCCGCCCAACGAGUGUCCACGAGGGAAAAGAAAUAUCCAUGUCCACACGCUGCAUCACAUUCAUGCAAGUCAACAUUCACCACCCCCGGUCACACCUCACGCCACGGAAAGAAACACACAGGAGAAAAAUAUGUCAAUUGCCCGGUGUGUAAUAAGUCGUUUGCGCGAAAAGACUGGUAUUUUCUACCAUGAGCUUCUCGCUGCGGUGUUGGAUGGUCGAACCCCCGCUGCCACAGUGGAGAAGAUCCAAGAGAUUCUACCGAAGAUUCGAGAGAAUCUAAUGGGAGGCGAUAUCCCUUCCUUUAAACGGGGGUCUGAGGUGCUUUUCGUACAAAUCCAUUGCUUUGUUUUGUUUCAUCAAAUAUUCGUCGUCGUAUAA